AUGAAGAAAGUGCCACGGAAAAAUCAAGGUGAGCGCUACCGCCUGAAGUUCCGGCGUUUGCGCCGUGCAGCCAAGGUGUUGGUUUACGAGAACGCAGCUUUGUGCGAUGAGAUUGCCCGACUUGAGGCGAAAUACCUGCGUGUGCGAGAGGAGCGUCGUUUCCUGCUUGCCCGCCUGUUGCAAGCCCAAGCCCUGGCAGAUGACGAGUCUCCUGUGCCUGCCGCCGCCGCAGUAUCACAACCCUCCCCAGACGAGCCAACUGUCCGCAAGCCUCGCCGAGAGCGUAAAGGCAAAGAGAACGGUAGGGCAUCCAGACGGAGGGUGGCGACAGAGCCAGGGAUCCUCCGGCUGGUUCCCCCGCUACCCUUGGAUCCUUCUGGCCGUCCUGUUUUCCCCAUCACGUUGGGAUCGCUGACUGUGUACAGCCUGGGUGAAAUUGUCUCGGACCGUCCCAGUUUCCACACAGAGAGCGCCAUCUACCCUGUCGGCUACUGCAGCACCAGGAUCUUCGCUAGCACCCGCAGGCCGGUUCACCGCUGCCUUUAUACCUGCCAGAUCAAGGACGGCGGUGCUGGGCCGUGCUUUGAAAUUGCUCCUGAGGAUGAGCCGGGUUGUGUGUUUGCCGGCCCCACACUUGACACCUGUCACGCUCAGCUCCUGGAAGCGGUGGGUGCGGCUCAGCUGGAGCCAGCGGGCGCCGAGUUCUUUGGUCUCUCGCACCCGGCCGUCCAGCACCUCAUCCAGAGCUGCCCAGGGGCACGCAAGUGUGCCGGGUACCGCUGGUUCCGCUUUGAGGUGUGCCGCCCAGCAGAUGGGCCCCCGCCUGAGGGGAUACCAUCAGGAAACCCUGGCACUGAUUACGAAGCUUUCCAGAACCAGGGCUUGGCGGGGCCUGUAGGCUUGGACUUCCCAGAAGCAACUCCCUCCCCACCCAGUGGGAAUGGAUACGCGGAACUCUUUCUGCCGUGCGCUCCGUCAGGGGGGUCCCCCAUUCCCCAGAGCCCAGAAAGUGACACUGACUGAAUCUUG